AUGACAUCAACGCGUGGGCAUGGGCCAGGGCGAGGGCCAGGGCCAGGGCGAGGGCAUGGGCCAGGGCGAGGGCGUGGGCCAGGGCGAGGGCGAGGACCAGGGCGAGGGCGGGGCCAGGGCGAGGGCGUGGGCCAGGGCGAGGGCGAGGACCAGGGCGUGGACCAGGGCGAGGGCGUGGACCAGGGCGAGGGCCAGGGCGAGGGCGAGGGCGUGGGCCAGGGCGAGGGCGUGGGCCAGGGCAAGGGCGAGGACCAGGGCGUGGACCAGGGCGAGGGCGAGGACCAGGGCGUGGACCAGGGCGAGGGCGAGGGCGUGGACCAGGGCGAGGGCGAGGACCAGGGCGAGGGCAUGGACCAGGGCGAGGGCGUGGACCAGGGCGAGGGCCAGUGUGAGGGCGUGGGCCAGUGCGUGGGCCAGUGCGUGGGCCAGUGCGAGGGCGUGGGCCAAUGCGUGGGCCAGUGCGAGGGCGUGGGCCAGUGCGUGGGCCAGUGCGUGGGCCAGGGUGAGGGCGAGGGUGAGGGCGAGGGCGAGGGCGAGGGUGAGGGCCAGGGUGAGGGCCAGGGUGAGGGCCAGGGUGAGGGCCAGGGCGAGGGUGAGGGUGAGGACCAGGGCGAGGGUGAGGGCCAGGGCGAGGGUGAGGGCCAGGGCGAGGGUGAGGGCGAGGGCGAGGGUGAGGACCAGGGUGAGGGUGAGGGUGAGGGUGAGGGUGAGGGCGAGGGUGAGGGUGAGGACGAGGGCGAGGGCGAGGGUGAGGGCGAGGGCGAGGGCGAGGGUGAGGGCGAGGGCGAGGGCGAGGGCGAGGGUGAGGGUGAGGGUGAACGCUGA